UGGUUAAAUCAUCCACAUCUGGAAAAAGUUGCGUAAGAGUGAAAACCGGAAUAUUUCUGACAGGCUCCAUUAGGAAAAGCAUUUUCGAGGAACUGAUCACACUAAAGGACGAUGUUUCUUAAACUUCUAGCCGUUCUUGUUGUUGGUCAACUUCAAGGUUCCUACUGCACGGUAACCACCACAGGAAAUCUGGCUAUACUGGAGGGUCAGUCUGUUACUGUUCCCUGUCACUACAACCCACAGUACACCAGCCAUGUAAAAUAUUGGUGCCAAGGCCUGAUGAAAGACUUCUGCACCAGCCUGGCUCGCACCGAUAACCCUGAAUCAGCCCCUAACGGGAAUGGACGGGUGACGAUCGCUGAUGACCCCACUCAGCACGUGUUCACCGUGAGCAUGCGGGACCUGAUGAAGGACGAUUCAGGGUGGUACUGGUGUGGGGUGGAAAUUGGAGGAAUGUGGACUUCUGACAGCACCGCCUCUCUUUAUAUCAGUGUUGAUCAGGGUGUGUCAGUGUUGAACAGUAUGGUUAGUGCAGAUGAAGGAAGUAGCGUCAGUAUUCAGUCUAUCUACAGUCAGAACCUUAGGUCCAAUGAGAAGAGGUGGUGCCGCAGCGGUGACUUGAGCUCGUGCGUAGUAACAAACUCUAAUGGAACAUUCAGCGGUAGGAACUUGAUCAUUCGUGAUGACAAGAAAAGCGUCUUCACCGUAACCUUACAGCACCUGGAGAUGAGGGAUUCGGGAUGGUACUGGGUAGCAGCUGGUCAACACCAGGUGUCUGUCCGUGUGUCAGUCACACCACGAGCUACAAACACCACAACGUCUCCUGUCCAAAUUUUGAGGUCAACAGCUGCGUUACCUGUAAUGAAGUCAAAUGACUCUCACAGUCAUUUUCAGUCUCCGUUGAUCGUGUGUGGGGUUGUGCUGUUGGUGAUCACUGCAUUUCUGGUCAUUUGGAAGUUGAGACAACAAUAUAAGAACAAGCACAAAUAUCGAGAGACAAGAGAAAUAAAUGAUAAUCUCACAAUGGUACCAUGGAGAGAAGUGGACUAUAAGAACACAUCAGUAAUAUUCCUGAACACGCCAGCUUCAGCAGGUGCACAUGUUUUAAUGGAGAACGUGUGAGGAGCCCUGUAUCACAUUAAACACUUAAAACACACUUCAAUGCUUCCAUGCAUACUGCUUCAUGAUUAUGGUAAAACAAUAGAUAUGUAAAGAAUUACUCAAUUAUUUCAUGAAGAAACGUUAAGUCAUCAGUUACAGAUGUGAAGAUGCUAUGGUAUGGUGUUGUUUAGAGACUGUGGUAACAUUGACAUUUCUUCACAUUCAAUAAGUAAAUAGUUGAAAGGUCACAGUUACAUUUAAAGGUCACCUUAUAUGGCAAAGUUUCAUGUCCAAAUACCCAAUAAAUCAUUUACUAUACCACGUUGAAAAUGCCCAUUUCUGUGUGUCUCUUUAAAUGGAAAUGAGUUGCUGCUUCCCUCCCUGUUUACUGUUAUUUCUACCAAAAUCACACACCAUUUGUAAUAAGACAAUCCCUAUAUUUCAUUGUUAAUAAUGAAGGUGUGGUAAUGAAUCAUGUAAAGCAGAUUUAAAAUAGAGCUUAUGACCUAGCUGUGGUCUUUGUAUGGCUGUGGGUGGGGCCUGAACAUAGUAAGAUUGUUUGUCACACAAGACUGUUGAGGUUUUACAGGGAUUAAAGAAAGGUGCAGAUCUUUAUUACAUAGUGGUUGUGUACACACAAGUGACACAAUUAUGUUCAAACAAUAUAUAAAGUGAAUUUCUCAUAUUAGAUGACCUUUAAUAUUUCCUGUGUUAUGGACAGUAACAGAAUGUCUAAACAUUAAACUGAUAAAAACAGAAGCUUAAUUCAGAUUCACAUGGUCUUAUAUCAAAUGAUAAUCACGUAAAUCAUAUUAAAGUCUUUAACUAAGA